CUUUUUUGACAGUGACAUAUGAUAUUAUGGUGUGAAUGAGAUGUAAAAAACCUUGAAGUAAAAUACCUAGUAAAUACAUUGAAAUUGGUAUCAAAACAUCUUUAAAUACCUAUACAAAUAAAUAAAUAGAAGAAAGUAGGCUGAGGCACCUCAGCCAUAAAGAAAAAUAUAAAAUAAAAAACACCACAAUUUUAGUAAAAUGAAUCUUCAAGGAGUUCGUCAGUACUUAAAUGAACUUAGAAAUUCUGGUGGCCUGCACAGAGAUCAAGCUGUAAAGUAUCGCAAUGUUCUUAUGGAAAUACUUAAAAAUCCUGAAGGAGAGCUAGCAGAUUGUUUAAAGGCAUUUGUAGAAGCAAUUGUAAAUGAGAAUGUGAGCCUGGUGAUAUCGCGGCAGCUGCUCACCGAUGUGAGCUCCCACUUGGCGCUUCUGCCUGACAACGUCUCUCAAGAGGUGUCACAUUUUGCCCUCGAUGUCAUACAGCCUAGGGUCAUCUCUUUUGAAGAACAGGUGGCUAGCAUCAGACAGCACCUGGCUGAUAUUUACGAAAGGAAUCAAAAUUGGAAGGAGGCUGCUAAUGUACUUGUUGGAAUUCCACUGGAAACUGGACAAAAGCAAUACUCAGUGGACUACAAACUGGAGACAUACCUGAAGAUAGCGCGCCUGUUCCUGGAGGUCGACGACCCGGUGCAGGCCGAGGCGUACGUGAACCGCGCCUCGCUGCUGCAGGCCGAGACCUCCAACGAGCAGCUGCAGAUCUACUACAAGGUGUGCUACGCUCGAGUGCUGGAUUACAGGAGGAAAUUCAUAGAAGCAGCCCAAAGAUACAAUGAGCUGUCGUACCGCAAUAUAAUACACGAAGAUGAAAGGAUGACGUGUCUCAGAAACGCCCUCAUCUGCACAGUUCUGGCUUCAGCCGGCCAGCAGCGGUCGCGGAUGCUGGCGACGCUGUUCAAGGACGAGCGCUGCCAGCAGCUGCCCGCGUACUCCAUCCUGGAGAAGAUGUACCUCGACCGCAUCAUCCGCCGCUCCGAGCUGCACGAGUUCGAGGCGCUCAUGCAGACACAUCAAAAGGCCACGACGGCGGACGGGUCGACGAUCGUGGACCGCGCGGUGUUCGAGCACAACCUGCUGUCGGCCAGCAAGCUGUACAACAACAUCACGCUGGAGGAGCUCGGCGCGCUGCUGGAGACUCCGCCGCCGCGCGCCGAGCGCAUCGCCAGCCACAUGAUCAGCGAGCGCCGCAUGAACGGAUACAUCGACCAGAUCAGCUCCGUCGUGCACUUCGAGACGCGUGAAAUCCUCCCGCAGUGGGACAAGCAGAUCCAGAGCCUCUGCUACCAGGUCAACAGCCUCAUCGAGAAGAUCGCCGCCGCCGAGCCCGACUGGAUGGCCAAGCUGGUUGACGACGAACUCAUACAGUAGUCUUAACUAGGCUUGUAGGCUUAGGGCGCGCCCCUAUUGCUCCGUUGCGCUUGGUUGUUAUUGGCUAUUUGAUUGUGUAAAAAAAUAAAUGCAUAUUUAAAUAACCAAUCAUUGUCAAAACCUAUGUAUCAACGCAACGAAGGCCGACGGAGCAAUGUGGCCACGCCCCUGGGUGGGCUUGGGCUACUCGCUUAGAAGCAACUUGGCGUCUAUGGAAAGGAAUGCACGUAAUUAUAUUUCUGUCGAAGGUAUUCUUGCAUCCCUUUCUGUAGUCCCUUAAAAAGGAGUGUAUGUACCCGGUCUUAUUCUAAUAAACUUUCUCACUGUUU